GGACAAAGACGCUCUGAGAGCUGCAGGCUCUCUACUAAGUGAAUGAGGCAGCGGAGGUUCUGGUGGAUCGGGAAUGAUGAAGAAAUAUCUAGACGACGACUUUCAGCGCCGAGUUCUGGAUGCGGUCCGGAAAACCGCGGACCGGACGGACGCAGCAGAAGUCCAGCAGCUACUGGUGAAAGAAGAGCAGCAGGUGUGGCUCUCCAGUCUGGAGCAGGAGGAACCUGAACCGUCACAUGUUAAAGAGGAAGAGGAGGAGGAAGAUGUCACCAAGCUACCCUUCACUAUUGUUGUAAAGACUGAACAUGACAAAGAUGAUGCUCAGUCUUUGCAGCUUGGUCAGAGAGAGGAGGAGCCUCCAAUCAGCAGCUCCACUCAACACAUGAAAAUAGAAGCUGAUGUGGACGACCUUGGAGGACCAGAACCAGUUGCACUUAUACGGGCCGACCUCCUGAGGUCGGUCUCCUCAGGGUCUGACACUGAUGACAGUGAUGACUGGAGAAAAGCCAGCAAGACAUCCUCAGGGAAUCCUGCCAAAGGUGCAGAAAAGAAAGAUAGUGAGAAAUCCCUGAGCUGCUCUGGCUGUGGGAAACGCUGUUCCUCCAAGUCUGGGCUGACUCAGCACAAAAAAACAUGCAGAGGAGAGUCACUGAAUUGCUCAGUUUGUGGGAAGUUUUUCAGUCACAGGAGACAUCUUCAAACUCACAUGAGAAUUCACACAGGAGAAAAACCUUUCAGCUGCUCGCUGUGUGAUAAAUGCUUUAAUCAGCGAGAACAUCUGAAGAGUCACAUGAGAAUUCACAUCGGCGAGAAACCGUUAUGCUGCCCGGAGUGUGACAAAUGCUUCCUUAAGAAAGGGAACUUGAAGCGUCACAUGGCAAGUCAUAUGGGGGACAAAAGUUUCUGCUGCACUCGCUGCGGUAAAUGUUUUAACCGGAGUGAACGUCUGAAAAGUCACAUGAGCAGUCACACGGGGGAAAAACCUUUCAACUGCUUGCAGUGUGGGAAAUGUUUUAACCGGAGAGAACGUCUGAAGACUCACGUGAGAAUUCACACGGGGGAAAAACCAUUCCCCUGCUCCAAGUGUGCAAAACGGUUUCGGGACCUCGGAGAUCUGAAGUGUCACAUGAGAAGUCACACUGGGGAGAAACCUUAUUCCUGCUCGGACUGUGGCAAAUCCUUCAGUCAGAUCGCAGGACUGAGGUACCACAUUCGGACUCACACCGGGGAGAAACCUUACUCCUGCACGGAGUGUGGGAAAUGUUUCACUUCGUCAAGCCAUUUGAACGUCCACAAGAGGACUCACAGCAGAGAGUGAAGCCACUGCUCUCCUGGUGAGAAUGGAGUCUGUUCUACCGCUGAACUUUAGUGAUCAUACGCCUAAAUCCUUCCAUCUCACACUUGGUGGAAAGUGAAUGUAAAAAAGUAUCAUAGCUUCCUAGAUGUUGAAUAUUUGGCUUAUACCAUCUUUCAUUUUCAUCAGUGAGAAAAGAGCCGCUGUUAGUCUCGCAAUUGCUUCUUACAUCACUAUAAUGAGAAUGAAAGCAUUUUGAAAUGUAGAUUUUAAUUGACACGUGUGUUUUUACGUCACCCAUGUACACCCCUUAUCUGACCAUGGUUCCUGUUUCACAUGAAAUGUUUCGCUCCACAGCAGAUCAUGGUUUUUG